GCGAUGUGCGCAUGCGCAGUGUUCACAUUCGGAAGCUGUGUGAAGACGCUGAGGCAAUGGAUGCUAGAUUUUGGGGUCGUCCUGGUUUUAAUUUCCCCCGUCCCUGGAACUACCCUGGACCUGUGGUGAACUAUGGUCCUCCUUUAGGUGACCCCAGAUUCAUGCACGGACCUGGGAUGGAGCCUCGGAAGUUUCCACCGCACAUGAGACCUCCUGUCCGAUUUAACCCCCCUCCCUGGGAGCGUCCCAAAAAUCCCAACAUGCAUGGAAAUGCCUUUGGUGUUAGGCCGCCACCGUUUGACCCGACACAAAUGCAGUGGAGACCAAUGCUUAACCGGAAAAGGAAGUUCUCCACACUCAGGCAGUUUCCCAAUAUGGAGCAAACAGGUACAUAUGCCAGCCAGACCUAUGUCUAUCAAGCCAAAACCCAGAAUGGAGAUGUGCAGGAACACACGGCUGCUGGGGAGACCAGUGAUGCCAAUUCGUCGAAUCAAGAACACAAAAAGGCAGAAGAUUCGCACCUUCUGGCAGAGCAACCCAAUGUGAACAGUUAUGGAUGGCAAGGAGAUACCAGCACAAUGUUCUCGUGUGUCUUGUGUCAAUAUUAUACCCCGGACGAGAAGCAAAUCCAGAUACAUUUUUUUUCCUGCCAGCACACGGAGAUCAUAAAACAUCUGUCUAAUUUCUUUCCGGAAAAAAGAGUGAACUUCCUUAAUGAAUACCUUAUGUUUAAGAAGAACCAAAUGGCCCUGCAGAAAAAGAACAGCAACCUGAAGUCCGUCAAAGACACAUUUAAAGGAGUAAUCCAGGACCAGUACUUGUCUCGUGUCCAAGCCACAUACUGUCAAGCAUGUGAUGUUUUCAUCCCUGAUGCCACAGAGCUUCUGAAAACGCACAUCAAAUCAGAUGUCCACAAACAGAAUCGCAAGGUACAGACUAACUGGAACACAUAA